UGUGUGUGUGUGUGUGUGUGUGUGUGUGUGUGUGUGCUCAGGUGAACACCCUCGGACUGGAGCGCUGGACGUCUGUCCCUUCAUCCCCGUCCAGAACGUCACCAUGGACGACUGUGUCCACUGUGCCACCGUAUUCGGACAGAAACUGGCAGAAAUGCUUAACGUUCCUGUUUAUCUUUAUGGCGAAGCAGCGAGACAAGAGACGAGGAGGAGUCUCCCUGCAGUGAGAGCCGGAGAGUACGAAGCUUUACCUGAGAAGUUGAAACAAAAUGAAUGGGCCCCUGACUUUGGCCCUGCGGACUUCGUACCGGCGUGGGGGGCCACGGUUACCGGCGCACGCAAGUUUCUCAUUGCUUACAACGUGAACCUGAUCGCCACCAAAGAACAGGCUCAUCGCAUCGCUCUGGACAUCAGGGAGCAGGGCCGAGGGAAAGACCAGCCUGGGCUGCUGAAGAAGGUGCAGGGUAUGGGCUGGUACCUGGACGAGGCCAACGUCGCUCAGGUGUCCACCAACAUCCUGGACUAUGAGCUGACGCCCCUCCACACCGUGUACCAGGAGAUCUGCAGGGGCGCUGAGGACCUAAAGCUGCCGGUGGUCGGCUCUCAGAUCGUCGGCCUCAUCCCUCUGAAGGCUCUGCUGGACGCUGCAGACUUCUACAUCCACAAAGAGCAACUGUUCGUCAUCGAAGAAGAGCACAAAAUCCGCCUGGUGAUCACUAAACUUGGCCUUGACUCUCUGGGUCCGUUCAACCCGAAGGAGCGAAUCAUAGAGUACAUGGUGAGGUCACAGGACGACUCGCGGCUCGUGUCUCUGUCUCUGCAGCAGUUCGUUCAGAGGGUCGGAGCUCGGACGGCGGCUCCUGGUGGAGGAUCUGUGUCUGCUGCUAUCGCUGCUCUGGGGGCGGCGCUAGGGGCGAUGGUGGGUCAGAUGACAUACGGGAAGAGGCAGUUUGAGAACCUGGACGGUGUCAUGAGGAGGCUGAUUCCUCCCUUUCAUCAGGCCACGGACGAGCUGCUGCUCAUGGUGGACGCCGACUCCAACGCCUUUAACAGCUACCUGGUGAGGAGACGCCAU